AUGGUCGACGCCACGACGCCCCUCUACGUCUUCUACGGGUCGCAGACCGGCUGCGCCGAGUCCAUUGCCGAGCGCCUCCAAAGCGACGCCAUCGAGCGCAACGUGCCCUGCCACGAAGUUCGGCCUCUCGAUGCCUUCGAAAAGUCGGGCGUGCUGCAGGAUGUCGCGGCGAAGGUCGUCAUUGUGUGCUCCACGACGGGCAACGGCGACCCGCCGGGCAAUGCGGAGAAGUUCUGGCGCUACAUCAAGAAGCGUGCGCACCCAGCCACGCUCCUCUCGAGCAUUAGCUUUACAGUGCUUGGUCUCGGCGACACCAACUACGACAAGUUCUGUCACAUGGGCAAGAGCAUCUUCCGUCGCAUGAAGGAUCUCGGGGCCGUCAGCUUCUAUGACCUCGGCUGCGCAGACGAGGCGAUGGGUCUCGAAGAUUCCGUCGAGCCGUGGAUCGACGGUUUCUGGCCGGCGCUGCUCGGCGCGUCGACGGCGGUGACCGUGACGCCCAUUGCCGACGACACGACUGUCGUGGCGGCCAUCACGGAUAGCAUGGCUGCCGUCUCGAUGACUUCCGCGCCGGCGCUCUUGCCGUCGCAACCGUUCUUGGCGUCGUUCGAGAGCCUCUUGGGCGAUGCUGUCGUCGAGCCUGACGCCGCCAAGCUGCCGCGCUUGCACGAGCCGUCGUUUUCUGUCUCGCUGCUCGCACCAUCAGACGCGAUUGCCAAGACGGUGGCGCAGGUGGCCACGGACACGCUCUACAGCGCGUCCAGUCCGUUCCUCGCCGCGAUCGCGUCGGCGCGGUACCUCACCACACCGGCGUCCAUCGACCGCACCGUCUUUGCACUCGAUUUCGACCUCGCUAACUCGGGUAUGACGUAUGCGCCGGGUGACGUACUCGGUGUCAACUGCCCCAACGACGACGGGCUCGUCGCAUUCUUUCUGCAGCGCUUGCAGCUCAGUGCGUUUGCGGACCACCAAGUGCAGCUCGCACCGAUCGCGUCGAGCAAGAAGAAGGUCUCGGGGAUGCCGUUCCCGGCGCACGCGACCCUGCGCGACGUCGUGCGGGAUCACUUGGAUUUGGCCGCGCUCCCGAAGAAGGCGACGCUUCGCGCACUCGCGCCGCACUGCGCCGACGCCAAGGAACGCACGCGACGGCGCGGGUGCUUUAAAACGUUCAUCGACGCCCAGUACCUCAGCGUCCUCGAAGUGCUGUCGCUGUUUCCGUCGUGCCACCCGCCGCUGCCUCUCCUGCUCUCUCUCAUGCCCCGCCUCUCGCCGCGCUACUACUCGAUUGCGUCGUCGCCACUGGCCUCGCCGACGCGCGCCACCAUUGCGCUCACACGCGUCGCGUACACGCAGCACGGGAUUCCGCGACAUGGUCUCUGCUCCAACUGGCUCCAUGACGUGGCGUUUUCGACUGCCACGACGCGGAUCCCGAUCUUUCUCAAGCCCGCGACCGACUUUGUCUUGCCCGACGACGCCUCGCGGCCGCUCGUGCUCAUCGGGCCCGGCACCGGCGUCGCGCCGUUUAUGGGCUUUGUGCAGCACCGGUCGCUGCAGGCGGCGUCCACGCCGAUCCACCUCUUCUUUGGCUGUCGCAGCAAGACCCAAGACUUCCUCUUUGGCGACGAGCUCCAGCGAUACGCUGACAGCGGCGUCUUGACGACCUUGGCGCUGGCGUUCUCGCGCGACCAGGCGGAGAAGCACUAUGUGCAGCAUGAACUCGCGCUGCACGGUGCGACCGUCUACGACGCGCUUGCAAAGGCCAACGGCAUGGUGUACGUCUGCGGCGACGGCAUGCACAUGGCCAGAGACGUGCACGAAGCGUUGGUAUCGGUCUUUGAAUCGCACGGCACGCUUUCGCGGGACGACGCCGAAGCGCAGCUCAAGCAACUCGCACUGGACGCCCGCUACGUGCGCGACAUUUGGUGCUAAACCAUUUUGGCGUCAAGAAGACAAAUGUUUUGUUCUUAUAUGCAAGA